AUGACAGAAGAUGCCUCGGGAAAUUUACAAGCCGCUCACGACUUGUUUGGGCUUGGUGUUGUGCGCACGCAAGUAGUCGACAUGGAUAUUCAAUCCCUGCCAAUAACGUCGACGGGCACGCACAUUACAGUAGGCUGCUUCUCCUCAGCUCAGAUCAGCUCCCUAUCAGAAUCUCCCAACGCAUCCGACUUUCUCACGCCUUCUCCACACGACAAAGACAGUCGGCAGUCGGUGAAUCUGGGGCACCGUGACAGCAACGACGCUGUGCGUGGGGAUCCCUGGCCAGAGACAAGGAUGCGGAGGAAGAGCGGCUCCACAGGCGCCACGAUCUGCCAGGAUGCCUUACGCAGCUUGACUAAUGUGGCCCGGAUGGCGAAGACGGCAGCCAGCUGGAGCAAAGUCUUACAGCAGACUGGAGUCAGAGUCAGAGUCCGUGGACGCCGUGGGCGGUCCGAAAUAGUCGGCUUGCUCCUCCUGGAUGACGAGACGGCGGCCCACCCCGUCGCUCGCUUGUUGGACGAAUGCCAGUGGCUGCGACUAAGAAGAGCCUAG